AUGAUAUUUAAUUCUCAAUUUUCUCAGAAUUUUGAAGAACAAAACUCUAAUAUUCAGCCAAUUGAACGAUCGAUUCUCAUUAUUCUCGGGUCGAUAGAUAGCCAAGUACCACUCGGACUUUUGGCAGUUAUGACGGGGAACGGCACUUCGUCGAAUGAACAUCGAAAAGCAGUAGCAUUAAUGAAUGAUGGAGAUAGCGAAUCAAAUAAUUAUAGAUCAACAGGUCGCAUACAAAUCACCGAUCAAAUUCUCGCGAUCGAUCAUAAAUUGCUGUUUAGUGUUCCAACAGUACCAUUGUCAAGAGUUCGUAGUUCGAAAUCGAUACAAUCAUUUAACUCAAAACGUUCGGAAAUUGUGACUAGUGCUAGUGAAAAGAAGAAAAAGAAAGCAGCUUUAACCGGUGACACAAAAGAACCUCGAAUUUCUUCGAAACAAAACAUUGCACCAUGUUCAACAGCAUUUGAUACGCACCAAGCGAACAUUGAACCAUUUAACGCUAAUGUUUGCAGUAGAAAACUACAAUUUUUCUCGCCAAUUGAAAUAUUUAAUAAUUAUUUGGCCGAAGUUAAUCGUGAACAAGUCACAUUGGCGCUAAUUCGAGAUUCUUCUCAAAUGGUGCUUAUUGGUGAAUGGACGCAAGUGCAACUUAUAAGGCUGGUGAACGAGCCAGGUAUCGGUCUAGGCUUCGGUAUCGUUGGUGGAACGUCGACAGGUGUUGUUGUAAAAACAAUUUUACCAGGAAGCGUAGCGGAUAAAGAUAGACGAUUGAGACCAGGCGAUCAUAUUUUGAAGAUCGGUUCAGUACAUGUACAUGGCAUGAGUUCACAACAAGUGGCCACUAUUUUACGACAGCAAGAGGCAGCUAUUGAUCUUGUUGUUGGUCGAACAUUAUGCAAUGCCGAUAAGGCAGGUCUCGAUAAUUCAAGUAGGUUAUCCAAGUUGCGAUAA